CUGUUAUAUUUAUAACCUGUCACAUUAAGAAGCGUAUACACUUAGCUUCUCAAAGUAUCAACAAUACAAAAAGCACUAAAAAGAGAUUAUAUGGGUCGUUGGAUGAAACCCGAGGUUUACCCUCUUGUGGCUGCCAUGACUUUCGUCACUGGGAUGUGCCUAUUUCAGCUAACGAGAAAUGUCUUUUUGAAUCCCGAUGUGAGAAUCAACAAAGCUCACCGUACAACGGUCGUCCUAGAGAACCAAGAGGAAGGUGAAAAAUAUGCACAACACAGCCUCCGAAAGUUUCUUCGCACACGCCCUCCGGAGGUGAUGCCAACCAUCAAUCGUUUCUUCUCUGAACACAAGUGA